CUUUCGCUUCACGACGUAUUACCAAUCUUGAGGCUGGACUGACGUUGUAUAUAAAGUGUACUCCACGAGAUGCCCGUUCCUCAACCAACUCAUCCGCUACAGUUUUUGAUAUGGCACCUAUUGGAAAGCUCUACGGUCACCCUCGCCAGCCUCAGACGAAAGCUAUCCUGAGUGCUGCAGCUAUAUCAGGCCUCGAGAUUGAUCUCCUGCCAUUCGAGUUCGGCGUUACGAACAAAUCACCCGAGUUCACGCAGAAGUUUCCUCUCGCCAAAAUCCCUGCCUUCGAAGAUAGCGAAGGAUUCAAGCUGAUUGAGGGCACGGCCAUCGCCCGUUACGUGAGUUCCCUCGUUCCCGAUGCUGGCAUCCUCGGUCGUAAUAUAAAGGAAACCGCGCGGGUAGACCAGUGGGUCCACUUUGCGGAGACGGAGAUCCAUCUUCCUUCAAGCAACAUAUACCUUGGGAUGAUUGCGAAACACCUUCCAGCUUUCAGCGAAGAACAACAUAAACACUACAAGGAACGCGCUGAACGUUCGCUCAAGUUCCUAGAAGACUACUUGGCUUCACGUCCUUCCGGCUUGCUGGUGAACGAUAGUUUAACACUUGCAGACAUCGUCCUUGCUAUGGCCGUACAACGUGCAGGCCAGACGGUCUGUGGCGUUAAGGAGCGCGAACAGGUUUAUCCCCACGUAUAUGCUCACUUUGCAAAAGUGACCAAUGACGAGAGGAUCAAGCAAGUGUUUGGAGAGCCUGGAUUUGUCGACGAGCCCCUUGCUUUCAAGGCCGAGUGAUUGGUCCUGUGCUUUGGAAAGCUAUUACAUAGCGCAAGCGAAGAGAAAUUUCGUGUAUUUUUACUGCUAUGCAGACAGAUAUGAUGAUGGAGAUUGUGUGAUCGAAUGAAGACGGCU